AUGUCGGACGCUAAGCCUCGUGUUUGUCUGGCCUACUCAGGCGGUCUUGACACCAGCUGCAUUCUGCGCUGGCUGAUCGAGGAGGGCUACGAUGUCGUCUGCUUCCUCGGCAACGUCGGCCAGGAGGAGGACUGGGCCGCCGUCGAGCAGAAGGCCCUGAAGAUCGGUGCGAAGAAGAUGAUCAUUGAGGACCUGCGUCGGGAAUUCGUCACGGAACUCUGCUUCCCCGCCAUCCGUAAGACCGCCCCGACCGUCUCGCCGAGAAGAAUGUGGAAAUAA